AUGUCAAACUUUAUUCAGGAAUUUGAAGAAGAGGAUGAGCAGUUCCACAGCACUGCAGUUACACAAUCAUCCCAUGGGAGUCCUAAUCCUAAUGGAAAUGGUGGGGAUGGUUCCAGCAGUCAUAACACCACUACAUCAAAGACGAAACGAAAUCUCCCAGGGAAUCCAGGAAAGAUUCCAGAGAGAUCAGAACCUUCAACUCCACAGGAGAGGCCACAAUUUGCCAUGAAAGCUGAAGCAAAGGCCAAGCACACAAGAAGCACGGAGACAAGAAAUGGAAGUGCUACAAGUGCUCAAAGCGUUAUGCUGUUCAGCUCGACUGGAAGGAAGGAUAGCUUCGUAACACACAGAGCCUUUUACGAUGCACUGACAAAAGAAAACUACAACAUGAACCAGACCCUCGCUGUCACGGGAGGAAUGUUACAGAACCAUGCUCAUGAAUUAUUCUCCUCCUCAAUUCCCACCUCUGACUCCUACACAAACACAAACGCCAUGAUUGACAUAUCGAUUUCACACCAUGAGAACAUUGAUAAUUCAGCAAACCCACCAUCUGUGAAUUCACAUGGGAUCAUGAUGUCUAGCAAUUUGGAUCCAAUUUUCAAUCCAGGAGGAGAUCGUGCAAGCUUUGGCUCUGUAGGUGGACAUAAUAACUCAACACUGACAGUUGUCUCUGCUUACACAUCAGCGACUGCCUUGUUACAGAAAGCUGUAGAAAUGGGUGCAAAGAUCAGUAGUGACAAUUCAAUUGCCCGAAUUCUCCUUAGAGGUUUUGCGGGUUACCCCACUAGCAGCGUCAACUCAUCUGCCUCGGAACUUCAGCAGGAGGCAUUUUCAUUAGCUGGCAGUGUUCUGACAAGUACAAAUGCUUUGUAUGCUGGAAUUCCAGAAACAUCUCAUAACAAUGUAGAGGAAGGAAACCAAAGUUCUGGUCACAAUUUUAGUCAAACUGGCUUAUAUGAUUCUUCUUUUUGUAUGACAAAUUCAUAUGGAUACUCCAACAGUAACCUCUUGGAAAAAGAAGUAAUCAUAGGAGGAAGUGAAAAAAUGACUCUUGAGUUCUUAGGGGAAGGAGCCAGCCGUUCAUACCAAUGGUUGGAAGAAAGGAAGCUCUGA